UUAAUUAUCUUGUUUCCACGCUUUAAUAAGUUGUGGCCAUGCAUUAUUUUUUUUGUCAGUUGAUGUCAGUUUAGGUGCUCCAUAGAACCCCUGUAAUUUUGGACUCACUCUUUAGUUUAGUGCAUGUUCUCCUCUCUAGAGACUUGCUAGUAUACGCAGACGUGAAUUGUAACACAGCCAUUAACGGCAGAGACUGUGGUUCCUUCCGGACUGUUUUUGCAGUCACACCGGGUUGAAUAUUGGCCGCCGUGUGGAGUUAUUCUCUGAGUUCAGCUGGUUUAAUGUGUAGUAGUGAAGAGGGAAUGGAGGAUUUAGAGCAGACCAGGCUGCGGCAGUGCGGAGAGUUCUCCACUAUCACCGGGUCAGACACCGCGGUCGCUCAGUGUUACUUGGCGGAGAAUGACUGGGACAUGGAGCGAGCCCUGAACUCGUUCUUCGAGGCGGACAUGGAGUCAGUGUUUGAUGUGGAGGACAGACAGGAGGAGAGAGCCGCCGGCAGUAAGAGAAAGGAGACACCGCGCACAGAGAACACUACUGCUACUACUGAUGAAGACGCUCCAGUGAUAAAGAAGAGGAUGAACUCCUCUCCACAGGACUGUAUUGAUUUAACUGCGGAGGAGCCGGCCUGCUCCAGCAGCACCAGUUCAAAAGAAAAUGCAGAUGAUGGUGACAGCAAGCUUUCACUUAUCUCCUGGAACGUAGACGGCCUGGAUACACUGGGUCUUGCAGAGCGUGCCAGAGGCCUGUGUUCCUACCUAGCACUAUACACACCAGACGUGGUGUUCCUUCAGGAACUCAUCCCUCAGUAUGCUCAGUAUGUUAAGAAACGUGCUGUCAGUUACCUGUUUAUUGAAGGAAAUGAAGAGGGGUACUUUACUGGUCUCAUGCUGAAAAAAUCACGGGUAAAACUACAAAAGAGUGAAAUCAUUUCUUUUCCAACAACACAGAUGAUGAGAAAUCUGUUGUGUGCCCAGGUGACUUUCAUGGGUAAGGAAGUGUGUUUAAUGACUUCACACUUUGAGAGCUGCAAGGACCAGGCUACAGAGAGGAUGAAACAGCUGGGGAUGGUGCUCCAGAAGAUAAAAGAGGCUCCAGAUAACAUGACGGUUAUUUUUGGAGGUGACACCAAUCUCAGAGACUCUGAGGUGGCAAAGGUGGGGGGUCUACCUGCUGGUGUGAUUGAUGUGUGGGAAGAUCUUGGCAAACAGGAGCACUGCAGAUACACGUGGGACACCAAAAUGAACAGCAAUAAAAAUGUUUCAUACGUCAGUAGAUGUCGCUUUGACCGCAUCUACGUGAGGUCCUCUAAAACAGAGCCGAGGGUGUCUCCUGAACACAUGGCCUUGGUUGGAAUGGAGAAACUGGACUGUGGCCGUUACACAAGCGAUCACUGGGGAAUCUACUGCACUUUUACGACUUGAUUUUACAAGUUUGGAGUGACUUUUUAGAUAUUUGCAGAUUUGGGAACUAUUCAAGUGUUCCUUGGUUUAUUUUCAGUUUAGUGAUUAAAGGCUGUACACUGACUCAAGCAAAAAGGCAGGACCUGCAUAUUUUCUUUUUUUUUAUCUUCAGGUUGUAGGUGUGACUGUAGCUGCUCAGUUGUAAUUUCUACAAUUUCUGAUGACAAGCGAGGAAAAAAACUCAUCAGCUGCUUUACACUGAACCCGAAAAACAACAGUCAUAAUCCUCGCUGGUUAUGAUCCUCACCAUGUGGCGAUUCUAAUCGUCUUGUUUAGGAAUCAACAUUGCCUCUCCAGGGACUGAUUCCCUUGAGAGAUUCUACUUAACCAUAGGCUUAAUUACACACUAAGCACCCUCCAUUAAAUUUCCCAUUGAACUUCACCUCUACUGGGAACAUGAGCCUCGUUAAGUCUUGGUUCAUGUAAUCUAACAUUAAUAUUUAUGAAUGUGCCUAGUUAAUAUGUUUACUUUUUUUCCUGUUCUCACAAUGUUUUUUUAUGUAUGUUUUAAAUAAAAAACCUUAAUAAACCUAAAAAAAAGUGA